AUGCCUCCCGCGCUCCACCGCCGCUACCAAACCGUCUCCAUCCCAGCCUCGUACGGCCGCCUCGACGACGGACCGACCCCGGGCACCGUCGCAGGCAUCGUCCUCGGCAGCGUCGCAGGCUUCAUCCUCCUCCUGUACCUGGCCUACCUGGGCCUGGGGCUGAACAACAAACCGGCGGACGACGUAACCGCGACGGCGACCUCGAUGACCUGGACGGGCACGGAGUCCGGGGUGACGCGGCGGUCGCGGCGGUCGCGGCGCGGCGACACGAUCGAGGUGGUCGAGGACCAGCGGCAUGGACCCCGCGACCAUGUGUCGGUGGAGGAGUCGGUGAUGUCUGCGUCGCGCACGGACGGCGACGACGUCGUCGAGGUGAUUGAGGAGCAUUCAUCUGUGGAUGGGAGGCCGCCGCCGCGGUCUGCGUCGAGGAGGAGUCGCGGGGUGUCGGGGUCGUAUCGGACGGUGGAUCCGUAUGGGUAUGGUGGGGAGAGUUCGUAUGAUGGGCGGUAG